ACAGUGUAUGAGAGAGGGAGGGAGAAGAGGAAAAGGAAAAACAUUGUGCCACAGAGUCUGAUGGAGGAUCUCUGUUAAUCAGAAUAAUCUUUAGCAUUUUAAACUUGCAGAGGUGUAGGUCUUCAGAUUUCUGGAUUUACUAUACACUUGCAUCUUUUCUCCUGUCCUUCACCAAUUGAUCUGAGCGGGCUGUGGUGACCGGUGAUGAAUGAAAAAAUGGGCGAUAAAGGAACCAGAGUAUUUAAGAAAGCAAGUCCCAAUGGAAAGCUUACUGUUUAUCUUGGCAAAAGGGACUUUGUUGAUCACGUGGACAUCGUAGAACCUGUAGAUGGAGUGGUUUUGGUGGAUCCAGAAUACUUAAAGGAACGAAAAGUGUUUGUCACGUUAACAUGUGCCUUCCGAUAUGGUAGAGAAGACUUGGAUGUCCUUGGUUUAACCUUCAGAAAAGAUCUGUUUGUGGCCAAUGUUCAAGCUUUCCCACCUGUACCUGAAGAAAAGAAGCCCCUUACUCGUCUACAAGAACGACUAAUUAAGAAGCUUGGGGAGCAUGCCUAUCCAUUCACUUUUGAGAUUCCACUCAAUCUACCUUGUUCAGUUACUCUUCAGCCUGGACCAGAAGAUACAGGAAAGGCCUGUGGGGUGGACUUUGAAGUAAAAGCCUUCUGUGCAGAAAAUCUGGAGGAAAAAAUCCAUAAGAGAAAUUCUGUGCGUCUGGUAAUUAGAAAAGUACAGUAUGCACCAGAAAAGCCAGGCCCUCAGCCGAUGGCUGAAACAACACGACAGUUUCUCAUGUCAGAUAAACCACUGCAUCUUGAAGCUUCACUGGACAAAGAGAUUUAUUACCAUGGAGAGCCAAUAAAUGUUAAUGUCCAUGUGACAAAUAACACAAACAAGACCGUGAAGAAGAUGAAGAUAUCAGUCCGUCAGUAUGCGGAUAUCUGCCUGUUUAACACGGCACAAUACAAGUGUCCAGUGGCUGUAGAAGAGUCAGAUGAUGUAGUGGCUCCAAGUGCUACUUUCUGCAAGGUGUAUACGCUCACUCCAUUCCUUGCUAAUAACCGUGAGAAAAGAGGAUUGGCCCUUGAUGGGAAACUUAAACAUGAAGAUACAAACCUUGCUUCCAGUACUUUGUUACGAGAUGGUGCCAACAAAGAGAUUCUAGGCAUCAUUGUUUCAUAUAAAGUAAAGGUUAAGCUUGUUGUAUCUCGAGGAGGCCUCUUGGGAGAUCUCGCCUCAAGUGAUGUUGCAGUAGAGCUUCCAUUUACACUGAUGCAUCCCAAACCUGUUGAAGAAUCGCUGUUCAGAGAAGCUCCUGAGAAUGACGCACCAAUUGACACAAAUUUAAUAGAGUUUGAUACCAAUGAUGAUGACAUUGUUUUUGAAGACUUUGCAAGGCAGAGGCUACAGGGAAUGAAGGAUGACAAAGAGGAGGAAGAAGAAGGAACAAACUCACCAAAUCUUAAUGACAGAUAAAUAUGUUAGUGUGGUUUGUUUCCAUAAUGAGAACACAGUACCUGGUGCUAUCAGAAGUCUGCAGUUAACCAACAGUCUGAGACACCUGUUCAGUUCCUAGUGGCGGCAAUGGAUUCUUCUUAUUCAGGCAUUCUUUUGUCCAGAAAAUAAUAUUGAUAAUGUUCAGCACAAAACACAUACUGCCACACAGAGACCGAUUGCAGGGACAAGAGAGAGGUUCUGUAUUAAAAAUAGUGAUUAAAUGACUACAUCUAAUUUAUUACAGUAGCUUAAACUAGUAAGUAAUAAAGUAAUUGUAAAAAUAACUAAUUUUAGGUAACUGCAUUCUUGCAGAUCUAGUCAAAGUGAACUUUAAAAAUCAUCUAGUUAUGAUUCAUGAUAAUUUAACAGAAACUGAAGUACUCUAAGAAUGUUAUAGUAAUUGUAAAUUAACAAAUGUUUUUAGAGUGGCUGCAUAGUAUGCACAUUUGUACGUAGUUUUAACUAUGUGGUUCAUGAAAAAAAAUUCUAAGAAAAAAUGCAUUCGCCUGCCAUCCCAGAAAAGUCAAAUUCGUAUAUACUGUAAGCAUUCAUUUUUUUUUACAGUAUGUAUUAUUUUCUAAUGAGAAAUAUAAUUAAAUUGUGUGUUUGAAUAUACCCAUGUUAAGAGAGCAACUUCAUUAGGUCGUGCUUUUAUAUUUGUCCUAUCAAACUUUUUAAAAUUAGUUUUAUUUCCUAGAAUCUGUCAUAAACAUCACAGCUACCCAAUUAUCAUACUUAAGGCAUUUGAGGCUCAGCUAUUUCAUUUAUGUAGUGAACUGUACCUUAGUGUUAAAAUAAGAAAUAUAACAUGUGAAGACAUCACAAAGGUUCAUCUGGUGUCCCAUUACAUGAAAACAAAAACUACUUACAAAUCCAUAAAUACCAGAAAUAUUUACUUAUGUUCUUUAUUUACUUUUAUAACAGUUUAAUCAAUAUAAUCUUAUUGCUAUAAUACUUAAUAUUUACAUGUCUGUAUUAGGGUAGAGUGGUGGUAUGCCAAGAAGAGGUGCCACAACUCAAUUUCUGCCCUUCAUGUGGAGUUUGCAUGCUCUCUUGGUGUUCAUGAGAUUCUUCCCAUAGUUCAAAUAAAUGCCUGUUAAAGUAACUUUGAUAAUUGAUAAGUCUAAAUUGUAAUACGGUGAAUUUGUUGAAAAUGUUUACUUUAAAGGAUGGGUGUCCCAUUCAGAGCUUUCCUGCAUUGUACUAGAAGCUACAGCUCUUGGCAUCCCAUUACUGAAUGAAGUAGGUUCAGAAAAAUGAUGAAUGCUUAUAAAAAUAUAGCUAUUUUAUGGUUUACAUAAAUGAAUACACGAUUUAUGUUUUCAAGUGUCUUUUUAUCAUUCAGGCCUAUUGAAUGUAAAGUACAAAUAGAAGCAUUAUUUUAGAAUACAGUAAUGUUAAUGUGAACCAGUUGCAUUUUUUUAUCAUCUAGUUGUACAUUUGAAAAUACUAACUUGGUAAUUACUUGUUUUUUGAGUUGUGCACAUAAAGUCUAACUGUAUGUCUGAAUAUUAUAACAAUAUUUAUUUAUAUGCAACAUUCUCAAAUGGCUGAGUAGCUCAUAGUGCUUUACAAAUAACAACAGACAAAUUAAAAUAGAAAGGAAAAAGUCUCUAAAACUUAUAGUUGUAUUAAUGUGUAAAACUGGAAAUAGUAAUGCUGGUCCAGGAGAACUGUAGUGGCUGCAGAUUUCACUGAAUAAUAAAUACCCCUAGUUUAUAUAA